CAACGAUGGAGGAGAGAGAGAGAGAGAGAGAGAGAGAGAGAGAGAGAGAGAGAGAGAUAAACAUUUGCUUGGCCAGUGGCAGGCAGUGAGCGGGAUCUAGAGAGAGGGAGACAGACAGAUGAGAGUAACACGGCGUGAGGAGAGGGGAGCCCGAACACAUCCGUCUGCACGAGGAAGUGCAGACCUUUGAAUAAGUCUCUGACCCAACAAUCAGCUCUUGACUUUCUGAUUUCAACAUGAAGAAAAAGGACUUCAGUUUUUGUUCAUAGUGCCAUGGAGUUCACUGCGGGUACAUAGACUACCGAAAUAAUCCAAAUGGUCCUCAGCUUUUUGAACAAUGAUGGAAAGAAGAAAACCCCGCCAUAUUAGGAAACAUUUGUUCAAACAAAGUUAAACAUAUUGAACGAGACUAUGGAGUUUUUUUUCACUUUUUUGAUGGAACUGUACGAUAUUCUUUGGACCGCACCAUGUGGACACCCCUGGCUAGUCUGCACUCUGAAAAGGACUGUACCCCUGUUUGUUUAGUCUGAAUUGUGGGUGUGUACAAGUGUUUGUGUAUGCCCACAGUGUUAUGACACAGUGGAAGUGAGAGGGGGAGAUUUCCGGACCAAUCUUUUUUUACAAUGAGAGAUCCAGCUGGCGUGGUUGCAAUUUCCUGUCUUUGUCCCCUGGUGGUCUUCCUAUGUGUUGUCACCCAGAGUUGUUAUGGGAUCCGGGUCGAUUUGAGACCCAAAACAAACCCCAACCCCAACCCCAGCCUGUACCCUAAUCCUCGUCUCAAGUCACUACCUGAACCAACCCCGCUGCCAAGCUCCAGUCCUGAAAAACCUAUGUCUCCAGUGAAUCCCAGCCAUCUCUCGAGCUCCGGCAAGGACUUCUGGAGCAAGUCUCAGUUAAGGCCUAGGCUUGACACCAUGUCUUCUCUUACUGACAACCAUAGGGCCAAUACAAACUUUCCAUUGGCAAUCUCCCCUGUUACAUCAAGCUCCAACAGUAGACUCCAGCUACAGCAUGCACCCAAACAGAGUUCUAAUUCAAGGCGUGGGUUGGCAUGCAAAUCAAAUUGUGAUCAGGAGGAAAGAAAUACCUUAAGCUUUCCCAAGCAAUCAUCAAAAAACAAUCCAAAACCAAGGCUUGGAUCACAGUUGCAGGCAAAGCCCCAGGUAUUUUCUAACUCUAAGGUAGUAACCGGACCAAAGACCAAUUCAGAGUCAGUGACCAACACUAAAUUAUCUUCACUACCUAGGCCUAAUCAAAAGUCUGAGUCAUCUGGUACAAUGAACCCCAGCACCUACUACAAUGCCAGCCCGGCUUCACUAUCCAAUCCUAAAUCCCAUGUAAAAUUCCGACCUUCAGGAAUAAAUGUAAAUGCCAAAUCUGACUCUAAGAUCAACCCAAACUCCAGAGCAUCCGUCAGAGUACAGAGGAACGAGACCAAGUUGCUGGAGACGGACAAGGAUUACCCCCAUCGGCCCAAGAGAGGCUGGAUCUGGAACCAGUUCUUUGUUCUGGAGGAACACAUCGGACCCGAACCUCAGUACGUUGGAAAGCUCCACUCCAACUCUGACAAGGGCGACGGUUCUGUGAGCUACAUCCUGUCUGGCGAGGGGGCCGGGUCCAUCUUCCUCAUUGACGAAACGACGGGCGACAUCCACGCAGCAAAGAGCCUGGACCGUGAGAGGAAGUCCCAGUACGUCCUACAUGCAAGGGCCAUCGACCGGCAGACCAACCGCUCCCUGGAGGCAGAGUCAGAGUUCAUCAUCAAGGUCCAGGAUGUUAAUGACAAUGCUCCAACAUUUCCUGAUGGACCGUUUUUAGCAUCUGUGCCUGAGAUGUCUGAUGUUGGAACGUCAGUUUUGCAAGUGACAGCGUCAGAUGCAGAUGAUCCGACGUACGGAAACAGCGCCAAGAUAGUUUACAGCAUUCUGGAGGGACAGCCCUACUUCUCUGUGGACCCCAAGACAGGUAUCAUCCGUACAGCGAUGUCCAACAUGGACCGUGAGACCAGGGACCACUAUGCUGUGGUGAUCCAGGCCAAAGAUAUGGCGGGCUCAGUCGGAGGACUGUCUGGGUCCACCACCGUCAACAUCACCCUCACCGACGUCAACGACAACCCGCCGAAGUUUCCACAGAAGAGCUACCAGCUGUACGUGGCAGAGCUGGCUCCAGUAGGGAAGGCCGUGGGUCGGAUCAGAGCCAGCGACGAAGAUGAGAAGCAGAACGCUGAGAUGACCUACAGCAUCACUAAUGCCGACGCAGCUGCCAUCUUCACCAUCACCACCGAUGCUGACCGCAAGGAGGGAAUCAUUUCCCUCAAGGAGCCUCUAAACUAUGAGAAGAGAAAGGUUCACACACUCAACAUCGAAGGCUCCAACACUCAUCCAGACUCCCGCUUCGCCCACCUGGGGCCAUUUAAGGACUCUACAUCUCUACGAGUCAUUGUGGGUGAUGUGGAUGAGCCUCCUGUCUUCUCCAUGGACUACUACAUUAUGGACAUAUAUGAAAACUCACCUGCUGGCACCCAGGUUGGCACUGUAACCGCUGUGGAUCCUGAUAGCACCAACAGCGCUGUCAGGUACUUCAUAGAAAACGGAGAGGAAAGACCAUUGCAUUUCACCGUCGGGGUGAACAGCGGCAUCAUCAGGACUACUCAGGUUCUGGACCGGGAGGAGACUGCGUGGCAUAACAUCACUGUGAUGGCUGCAGAGGUUGAUAACCCUCGUAUGGUGAGUCACGUCCCAGUCACCAUCCAGGUCCUGGAUGUCAAUGACAACAUUCCAGCCAUCUCCGGGGGCAACAGUGCCGUCAUCGUGUGUGAGGGCACCAAAAAUGGACAGGUGAUUCAGACCGUCCGAGCAGCAGAUCUUGACAACUUUGCAAAUGGAAGGUUUUCCUUCUAUGUUCCUGCUGAGAUUCCAGCCAAUCCAAAUUUUACUGUGAAGGACAACGGAGACAACACUGCCAGUAUAAUAUCUCAUCGGCGUGAGGGCUUCAGCCAGGACAGAGACCUGGGAUUCUUCAGCCUGGUGUUGGUGGUGGCUGACGGCGGGGAGCCUCCACUGAGCAGCACCGCUACACUCUCCCUCAGGGUGUGUGUGUGUCAGAGGAACCCCAGGGAGCGCAACAGCAACAAUGUCUGUCAGGCCCAGGCUUUCCUGUCUUCGGCUGGUCUCAGCACCGGGGCUUUUGUAGCCAUAUUGCUUUGUAUUAUUAUAUUAUUAGCAAUAGUAAUGCUAUUCGCCCAGCUGCGUAACAAGAAAGCGAGCAAAGAGCCGUUGAUUCUCUCUGAAGAGGACAUCAGAGAAAACGUGGUAACCUAUGACGACGAGGGAGGCGGGGAGGAAGACACAGAGGCCUUUGACAUUGCCGCGCUUCGAAAUCCCAAAGCCUCCGAGCCUGGCAGGAGGUUCCACAACUACCUCGGCCAUGGACCAAGCCCAUAUGGAGAGGAGGAUGAGCUUGAGGAGGGCGAGGAGGGGAUCACGGUGGUGAGUAGGAGGAAAGCACGGGAGUUAGAUUACGGGAAAUACAGCCCGGAGUUGGAAACUAGCUGGUUUGUCAUUGACUGCGUUCCGCGAGAGAUCAGCCGGUCGGCGCCUUCGCUCCUGCUCGACGGUCAGGACAUCAUUCAGCAGAUCAUCCAACAGAAGGUGGCCGAAGCGGACUCUGACACCCGGGGCCCACCGUAUGACUCGCUUCAAACGUACGCCUACGAAGGCCGCGGGUCCUUGGCCGGCUCAGUCAGCUCUUUGGGUCUAAAUGCGGCCGUGCCCGAACUAAACUAUACCUUCUUGGAAGACUGGGAGCCAGAGACGCAGACACUGGAACCAGUGCAGCAGGCUACAAGUCAAUCUAACCCUGACACUUAAAGAUUUCCAUCUGAAGGUUGUUUUUUGUUUUUAAAACAUUUGGCCAGAUUUGCUGAAACGGAUUGCUUUUUAACUUGCGCCAUUUAAAAAUGGGUGUGGGGAUGCAAAAUGACUGCCGCAAAAAAGCUGGCAAAUAGGAACUGUGAUGUCAUGUGAAAUCAGAGGAUAAGAAAAGCCAUUUAUUUGUAACAGGAGAGAAGAACACAGACGCUGAAGGGAGAUUUGUGGAAAUAUCCUAGCUCUAGUGCAUUGCUGAAGUGUGGGACAAAAUGCAAACUGAGAGCAGACCAGAGUUUUAACAUAAAGGGUGAGCUAACGUGUUCUCCCUCUGCUCUGCUUGUUAUGUGUGUUAGUUGAAAAGGUACAGCUAUUCCUUGGUCCAAAGGAUUCCAGUCUUGAUCUUCCCGGUUGCUAAAACAUUUUUAAAAAAAACGAGCUGUAUACCAAACUGAUUUGGAACAUGCUGACCCAGUGUUUCUUAUUCAUAAAAAACAAAGAAAGAUCAAGAGAAAACUGAUGGUUGCUGUGGAAUGCACACAGGUUGCAGAUGUUGUAAAGGCCAACGAAAGCUACAGGCCCUCCCCAGAUCAUAGUAAAAUUAGUAUUUACUCAUUCUGUAAGGUCAUAGAACCUUAAAAAUGUAACUUAUCAACCCCUAACCUACGCUAUUAUAAACAGAAACUAUACCCAUUUUCCACAAUUAAUGCAAAAAUUUUCACACUUUGGACCACAGAGUUCCACCCAUUGUCUUGAAAACUUUGUUGGUCUUUUUGCAGCUUUUCUUCUUAAUUUAUAUCACCAGCAAGAAAUGCGUCGUUAGAUCAUUCUACUACAUUAAUUCACAAACCUUCCAAAACACUAUUGAAAGUCUUCAGCGGAUUUAAAACUGUCCAAUGAUAAAGGUAAUAAAGAGGGGGCACAUGACUUAGGUUCAUCUGAGGCUUUGGUGCAAGGUUCCUUCACAUUCCUCUGUUUCGGAAACCUGGACGUUCCAGAUAUACAAUUUUAUUGUUUCAAAUCAGAAGAUCUCUCAGUACACUUUCCAUACAGAGUAGGUUUAGACCGCACUAUAAUUUAAAAAGACUCAACAAUUUCUCCAAGAGCAUGAGACAGCGUUGAGGAAAAGCUCAACGCUGUCUCCAACAGGCAGAAAGCUCGAACAGAACCUGACUCUGGGUCCGACCAGUUAUUUGUUUGUUGUACUCUUGAUAAUUCUAGCAAUUUGAUUUACAUAGCCCAUUAUCACAAACCACAAAUUUGUAUCAAGGGGCUUUACAAUUGUAACACCACACGACACCUUCAAGAGACCCUCAAUGAUGACAUGAUUGUCUGAACUGUGCCAGAAUAGUAUGCAGAACCCAUGGCUAACGUAAUGUUUUAUUUAAUAAGUCCUUGCAGUGGAAAUAAGACUAUUGGUAACACCAGCCAUGUUUCCAUCCACACGUUUUAAUGCAAAUUAAAGUUUUAAUUAGAUUUCAUUCAUCAAUAUCGACACAAAAUUUGUAAAUGUGGGAACGUUAUUUGCCGAAUAAAAGGUGAUUACGUUUGACGUCAUUUUAUGGUUGCAACCGGCCAUAAAACGAAGGAAGUUUUAUUAUUUAUUACUUCUGCCACGCUUUCUUUGAAGACAUGGCAAGUGCCACAAAGACACAUAUAACGUGACGAACAAGGAGACUUUUUUAAUGGAAUUUAAGAGCAAAAUACAUCAAUUUUAGAUAGCAAAAAUUGUUUUGGCCUGGGCGAAUCGUCUGGCCUUUACAUGCAUCUGCAUCAUCAGAGCGAUGUUUGGAUAGCGUCGUCGUCUUGUAGUAUGUUGCUAUCAGCUGGCACAUGAGCACUAUUACAACUUCUCCGAUAUGAAUCUUUUGUAGACGGCGCGAUCCAUUUUGGCUUGCAAAACUUUGGUCGCAGAUGUUUGCUUAAACGUUGAGCGAUUCAGUGCGAAAAUUAAUGGAAACGCCUUCAAAAAGUCAAAUCGAUAUAUACCAAUUUGAUCGCAAAACGGCACACAACGUCAUUAUGCAUAGGUGUUUAUUCAUUUUAAAGGCAUUGAAACAUUGUUUUUAGCCAACUUCAGAUAAUUCGAUCGACAAGUGGAUGAAAACACAGCUGUCAAGUGCAGUUUAUAAUCUAGAUCCUUUGAUCAAACCUGCUCCCCCCCCCCCCCCCCCCCCCUCCCAGCUCUUUCUUAACCUGGCUGACUUCUGUGAAUCUACGGAAAUUUUUCCGGUAUGCAUAUUUUCAAUGGUUUAAAAUCAGUGAAAGGACAGAACCUUUUCAGAUGUUUUCAGAGUGGAAAUGAAUGACUGACUUAGUUGACCGAGGAAAAAUCAGGAAGAUGGAGGAAAUGAAGCCUAUUUUCCCUGGUGUAUGUUUUUAUCGGUGAAUAAAAAGAUCAGUGAUUUCAGAAAA